CAUGGGAGGCUUGGCCGGCGGGGGCGGGGGCCGCGCAGCCGGGGACUUUCAGGAACUGCAGGCGCGGGCGGCGGCGGGAGUCGCCGAGCCUCCGGGGCCCGAGCGCCGAGAGCAAGGCUGAGAUCGAGCCGCCGCGCCCGGCCGCCAGCCGCAGCCGAAGCCGUCCUCCCCGCCCGGCUAGGGCCGAAGCUCCGCAGCGCGGGACACCAGCCGGCCCACCGGGGCCCGGGAACCGCCCGCCAUGGCCACCAAGGCUCGGGUUAUGUAUGACUUUGCUGCUGAGCCUGGAAACAAUGAGCUGACAGUUAAUGAAGGAGAGAUCAUCACAAUUACAAACCCGAAUGUUGGUGGUGGAUGGCUGGAAGGAAGAAACAACAAGGGAGAGCAAGGGCUUGUUCCUACAGACUAUGUGGAGAUUUUACCCGGUGACGGAAAAGAUCAGUUUUCUUGUGGAAAUUCCGUGGCGGACCAAGCUUUCCUCGAUUCCCUCUCGGCAAGCACUGCUCAAGCCAACUCGUCUUCUGCCAACAGCAAUAACCAGGUUGGUGGUGGCAAUGACCCUUGGUCAGCCUGGAAUGCCCCCAAAUCUGGGAACUGGGACAGCACAGAUGCUUGGGGCACCAGGACAGAUGGGGCUGGCGCUCAGAGAAACAGCGCUAACAACUGGGACACUGCCUUCGGCCACCCACAGGCCUAUCAAGGACCAGCAACUGGCGAUGAUGAUGAGUGGGACGAAGACUGGGAUGACCCCAAGUCCUCAUCGUCUUACUUUAAGGAUUCAGAGUCCGUGGAAGCAGGGGGCAUCCAGCGAGGAAACAGCCGUCCGGGCGCCUCUUCCAUGAAGCUGCCCCUUAACAAGUUUCCUGGAUUUGCAAAGCCUGGCAUGGAACAGUACUUGUUGGCCAAGCAGCUAGCAAAACCCAAAGAGAAAAUCCCCAUUAUUGUUGGAGAUUAUGGCCCAAUGUGGGUUUAUCCUACCUCUACUUUUGACUGUGUGGUAGCAGAUCCCCGGAAAGGUUCAAAAAUGUAUGGUCUGAAGAGCUACAUUGAGUAUCAGCUAACACCUACCAACACUAAUCGAUCUGUAAACCACAGAUAUAAGCACUUUGACUGGUUGUAUGAGCGUCUCCUAGUUAAGUUUGGGUCUGCCAUUCCGAUUCCUUCUCUUCCAGACAAGCAGGUGACAGGUCGCUUUGAAGAGGAGUUCAUCAAGAUGCGCAUGGAGCGGCUGCAGGCGUGGAUGACAAGGAUGUGCCGGCACCCGGUGGUGUCAGAGAGUGAAGUUUUCCAGCAGUUCCUGAACUUCCGGGAUGAGAAGGAAUGGAAAACUGGAAAGAGGAAGGCUGAGAAAGACGAGCUGGUGGGAGUCAUGAUAUUUUCCACAAUGGAACCAGAGGCUCCCGACUUGGACUUGAUAGAAAUAGAGCAGAAAUGCGAUGCUGUGGGGAAGUUCACCAAGGCCAUGGAUGACGGCGUGAAGGAGCUGCUCACGGUGGGGCAGGAGCACUGGAAGCGGUGCACGGGGCCCUUGCCCAAGGAAUAUCAGAAGAUUGGGAAGGCCUUGCAGAGUUUAGCAACAGUGUUCAGCUCCAGUGGGUACCAAGGGGAAACAGAUCUGAACGAUGCAAUAACAGAAGCUGGGAAGACAUACGAGGAGAUCGCCAGCCUCGUGGCAGAGCAGCCAAAGAAGGACCUGCACUUCCUGAUGGAGUGCAACCACGAGUACAAAGGCUUUCUUGGAUGCUUCCCAGACAUCAUCGGCGCUCACAAGGGAGCAAUAGAAAAAGUAAAAGAAAGUGAUAAGCUGGUUGCAACUAGUAAGAUCACCCCCCAAGACAAGCAGACGAUGGUGAAGCGGGUCGGCACCAUGUCGUAUGCUUUACAAGCUGAGAUGAAUCACUUCCACAGUAACCGGAUCUACGAUUACAACAGCGUCAUCCGCCUCUACCUGGAGCAGCAAGUACAGUUCUAUGAAACGAUCGCAGAAAAGCUGAGGCAGGCCCUCGGCCGCUUCCCGGUCAUGUAAACCAGGACAGAACACAAUGUGAACUCCGAAGUGCUUCCUCUGUCCUGGGCCAGUGCAAUUCCAUUUUCCCCUAUCACAGAGAGAGAGAGAGAGAAAGGAAGAAAACCAAAAGGAAAUAAGUUAACACAGUUCUGUUUCUGCCAUUCGCCAGCCUAAAUGAAGAGUUACUUAAGGAUGGCCUUCUUCGGUUCAUUUUGACACAUACUAGUUACCCAAUGAAAAAUGUCUAUUUUUUGAAAAUACUUAAAUUUAUCAAGAUUUUGAAUGGAGAAAUAGGGGUUCUUCCUCCUGGUAUUUUACAUAGAAUCGUAAUUUAUACAUUACCCAUGAUCUUCCAUUCUGCCCAAUGUCAGAUAAUUAAUACUAAUUGCUUUCUUAAAAAUACGAAAUAUGCCAGAAUAAAAAAAUAUAUCUUUGUA